AUAUAUAAACAGGGUUGGGGAGUAACAGAAUACAUGUAACGGGAUUACGUAUUUAAAAUACUAAAUAUAAGUAACUGUAUUCCACUACAGUUACAGUUUAAAUCAUUGAUAAUUAGAAUACAGUUACAUUCAAAAAGUAUUUUGAUUACUGAAGAGAUUACUUUGCAUUUUAUUGUCAUCUGUUUCAUUUAAUAUUUAGUCCUUUCAGAUGGAAAACAUUUAUACAUAUAAAUGAUGCGAUCCAAAUUGCAUUUGAACAGCGGUGAAACACUUUCUUAUGAUGUGUUACAUUCAUACGAGCAGAUAGAGAAGUAAGUUUGAAGUAAGUUUGGAGCAGAAGAAAUAGAAAUAAACCUUGUGUAAAUUGUCAGCUUUACGCUAAACUAAAAUGCUAUUUCUAGCCAUUUUACAUGCACAUGUUACCAGGCACGGUCAUAUUUUUUUAUCAAGAAAAUUCACGUUGGAUCAUAAUUAAUUUUUUUCUAGUAAGACCUUUGAUAUUAGGGCAAAAAUUGUAUUCUUGAUAAUAAUUUUUGUAUUGUUUUCCUGUAAAAAUAUCUAAAAAUCCUUAAAACAAGAUCAUUUUGAUUUAUCUUGUUUUAGAAACAACACUGCAUAAAAUAUUUAGGUUUUUCAGAGAAUGUAUUUUUAACAUGUGUAUUUUGUCUUACUGUACUGGCAGAGUUUUUAUAGUCAAAACAAGUGAAAAAAUCUACCAGUGCUGAAGAAGUAAUCCAAAGUAUUUAGAAUACGUUACUGACCUUGAGUAAUCUAAUGGAAUAUGUUACAAAUUAAAUUUUACAGCAUGUAUUCUGUAAUCUGUAGUGAAAUGCAUUUCAAAAGUAACCCUCCCAACCCUGUGUGUGCAUUAUAUAUAUAUAUAUAUAUAUAUAUAUAUGUGUGUGUGUUUGAACAUAAUUAGGCAAACAAUUGUUUACAGUUAAAAAUACAGCAUUUUUUUUUUUACUUUAACCAUUAAUUUCAUAUUUAUUAAUAAUGAUUGCAUCCUCACUCGUAAUUGCUUUUGAAUGGUUCAGUAUAAGAAAAGUAUAUGGAUAUAUUUUCAAAAUUGUUCUGAAUAUUGAAAUCAACUUGUUUCGUAAGGCUAAAUAACAAUAACUUUUGAAAUCAGGAAUAUUUGCCCUUUUUACCAGCCUGUCUUUUAAAAUUGUAGUUACCGUAUAUGGCCACACGAGGCCAGUGUUAGCCUUAAAUACGCCACUUGAGCACAUCUGUAUCCAUGCCGCUUCUGGUCUAUUCUUCAUUCUUAUUGGCAGUAUGCAGUUCAUCUAACGGAAAUCACGCCUCAGCCUGUUAAUUCAAACUCUGUCCGUGUUAUAGUCAGGUAAUUGGAUGCGCAGGUUACUACAUGGAUUAUUUUAUUAGAUUGUACAUUGAUAAGGCAAUUAAUCAUAUUUCGCCUCCGGCAUUUAUUACAGUAGUUUUUGCAGUUUUGUUUCUUCUACAAUUGCCCUACAAACGUUUCAGACUUCCAUAAACACACUUUGUGAGGCAAACGGGACAACGUCUGUUCUGUAAAAUCCAGUCAUCCUCUCUUUUAAGAAGGAAGACAACGGUGUUAUCAAAAGAACACUCUGGGGAUUUUUCUUCCUCCUCGUAGAGGCUCUUGAACGGCACCAGAGCCUUUGUCAAGAAGCCCAACCCCACAUUGCCCAGAUAUCCCAGUGUGUGCGCGCGCUUCCUGCGAGCAUUGACUGCGUUCUCCUGCGAAUGGACUUCGCGGUGAAUGCGCCCCGGCCUUUAUGACGCGCUCCGCUCACGUUGGAGGAGAACCCCCCCUCCCCACCCCCCCGACUUAAGGUAGACCACCAUAGUGCACACAAAGGACACGCGCCAAUCCUCAACUUAAGCGCUCGUGCCUUGACUCGUCGGUCUGGAUUCUAGAAGGACACUGUAGAACGCGUCUCGAUUCGAAUUCAGUUGGAACGCGAGAGAAAUGGAUACCGGGAUUUGCGUUUCCUGCAGUUUUAGACCCUGAUCAUUUAAUACUCUAUCUAUAUUAAGUCAAGGGGGAAUAAACGGACGGGCCGGGGCGCAACAAUCGUACGCUUUCAUUGAGAAGAAGAACAGCGAUAUUAUUCGAGCGAACGAAUUCGUGACUGUCCUUCGCGCAGAGAAUUUAUUACGUUCGGCAAUUUGAUCACUAACAGCGCCGAAGCGUCCGCUUCUAAAAUGCAGUUUCGGACAGUUUUGGAUGUCAAAGUCGUGGAUGUGGAGAAGAGGAGGCAUCCAUCCAAACAUUAUGUGUAUCUCAUCAAUGUCACAUACUCUGACUCCACGUCCCACAUCAUCUACAGAAGAUAUAGUAAAUUCUUUGACCUUCAGAUGCUGAUUCUUGACAAGUUCCCAAUCGAGGGAGGGCAGAAGGAUCCCAAAAAGAGGAUCAUCCCUUUUCUUCCAGGCAAAAUACUAUUCCGACGAAGUCAUGUAAGAGAUGUGGCCAUGAAAAGACUACGCUUUAUUGAUGACUAUUGCAGAGCGCUGGUCCGGCUUCCACCCCAGAUCUCACAGAGUGAAGAAGUUCUGCGCUUCUUUGAGACCAAACCAGAUGAUAUCAACCCUCCUGUAGAGGAUUAUGGAUCCAAACGCAAGUCAGUUUGGAUGUAUGGCCUUCAGGAAAGUCCAACCAAGUCUGAGGCCUCAGGACUGGACAGCAGUGAGCCCAUGGUGCUGGAGCAGUACGUGGUGGUAGCCAACUACGAAAGGCAGGAGAACUCAGAAAUCAGCCUGAAAUCUGGAGAAACAGUGGAUGUGAUCGAGAAGAGCGAGAGCGGCUGGUGGUUUGUCAGCACAGCUGAAGAACAGGGCUGGGUUCCUGCCACAUACCUGGACUCUCAGAGUGGCACCAGAGAUGAUCUGGACCUCGGAACAUCUAGAUCAGGAGAAGUUACUAAGAGACGUAAGGCUCAUCUGAAGAGGCUGGACCGCAGAUGGACACUAGGGGGAAUAGUCAACCGCCAACAGAGUCGAGAGGAGAAAUAUGUCACUGUUCAAGCUUAUGCCAGUCAGGGGAAGGAUGAGAUCGGGUUCGAGAAAGGAGUAACCGUGGAGGUGAUCCAGAAGAACCUGGAGGGAUGGUGGUACAUCAGGUAUCAGGGCAAGGAGGGCUGGGCCCCAGCUUCAUACCUGAAGAAACUCAAAGAUGACCUUUCCCCAAGGAAGAAGACUCUGACUGGCCCUGUGGAGAUCAUCGGAAACAUAAUGGAGAUCAGUAACCUCCUCAACAAGAAGGCCGUCAGCGAGAAGGACAUUCAGACCGAUGGAGAGCCCACCACCCCUGAGCGCCACAUCUCCAAGAGUGAGAUCAGUCUGCCCAUCCCAUUUGCUCCAGAGGCUGGAGUGGCACCCGCAGUCAGCACUGGGCUGGGAAUGGGGUCUGGAUCUAGUGUCGCCCUGCAGGAGAACAAGAGUAGGGCAGAGUCGGGGUCACCUGCUAUAGCCCGGGUGGCACCACACAGAGUCGAGAUAGGCUCUCCAAACCUUAGGCAAAAACCUCCUCCUCGAAGAGAGACAAAUCUGGCUUUCCAGUUGCCCAAACCUCCAGAGCCCCCUACUGUGGAAGCCGAGUACUACACCAUAGCAGAGUUUCAAUCCAGCAUCUCAGAUGGCAUCAGCUUCCGUGGAGGACAAAAGGCUGAUGUCAUAGAGAAAAAUUCUGGUGGAUGGUGGUAUGUCCAGAUCGGGGAUAUGGAGGGUUGGGCACCCUGCUCCUACAUUGAUAAACGCAAGAAGCCCAACCUGAGCCGGCGAACCAGCACACUCACCCGCCCCAAAGUUCCACCCCCUGCUCCGCCAGUUAAAAAGGAUUCUGAGGAAUCACCUUCUCUGGGUGGCUCAGCCUCCAAAGCGCCAGAGUCCCCCAGUCAGCAUGUCUACGAAGAACCGGAAUAUGAUGUUCCUGCCCUUGGCUUUGAUGAUUUGGACUCUAAAAGUACUCCAAAACCAGAACCUCGAAAAUUUGAAAUCAAAAGCAAUCCAUUGGCUGCCGAGAGAAUCGCACAGGCCGGCAAAGCAUCACCUUUAUUAAAGGUGAUGACCUCUCCUUUGAGGAAAAGAAACUCAUUGGAAAAUGUCAAUAAGGAGGAGGUGAUUUACGAGAAUGAAGGCUUCAGAUUCUCCUCCAAUGACUUCACCUCUCCUAGAAACUCCAGUGGUUGCGACUCGGACACCCCAAGGAGUCUCACUUUGGGUCGCAAACCUCUCAGCUCCUCUUCCUCUCCUGGAGCAGGGAGGCCACUCCACAAGGUACCCCCGGAUAUAAGCCGAAGUCAUUCUCUUGGUCGGGCCGAGAGACAUAGUCCCAGGUCGUCAUCAGAGGAAUCAGGUCGCAAUCCCAAAAGAGAACCCGUCAUGCGUAAAGACGUAGAAAUUCGGAUCGGUCAGAGUCCCUUGGCAAGGCCCAAACCAGUAGUGCGACCCAAACCACUUCUUACAAAGUCAGAGCCACAAAGUCCUGAAAGAAUGGACAUUAGCAGCCUACGCCGGCAGCUGCGUCCCACCGGCAGUUUCCGGCAAGGUGUGGUCGGUGCGGUACGUAGUGGCGAGGAUUCCGAAACGGCUUCAAUUGUGUCCUCUGAGGACUCCAUCUCCACGAGGAGCACUUCGGAUCUUUCAAGCGUAUAUUCCAAGGGCAGCCGUGGUGGGGAAUCAGACCACGAAAGUGCAUUCUACAGAACCACAGAUGCCUAUGAACGAGCCCAGGAGUCAGAGCUCAGCUUCCCAGCUGGCGUCGAGGUGGAGGUGCUGGAAAAGCAGGAAAGUGGAUGGUGGUUUGUCCGUUGGGGUGAAGAAGAGGGUUGGGUACCUACUUUCUACCUGAAGCCAGUCUCACAUACCCAUGAUGUAGGUGUUCAAGAGGUCCGUGAUUGCACUACUGUUGAUCUCAGUGGCACCAACAAGUCCAACAGCCUUGAGAAGAACGAGCAGCGAGUUCAGGCCCUCAACAACCUCAAUCAGCAGAACCUGAGGAGCUUGAGCAACCCUAGUCCACCAAUCCCAUCCAAACCACCCGGGGGCUUUGGGAAACCAACUGCAAUGCUGAAUGGCUCUGGCGUACGGAUGAGAAAUGGCGUUCGUCAGGCAGCAGUGCGACCGCAGUCUGUCUUUGCAUCUCCACCACAGCCUUUGAAGGAUGCAAACAUCCAUUCUGGAUCUUUGAGAAGAAAUGAAUCGCUGGGUGCAGGUGACCACUUGAGGUCUGGAGGUGGUGUUCGACGAAACUCAUCCUUCACUGCUGUUCGGCUACAGCCAGCAAACGAUGUGCGAGUGAGGGCUGGAACCACCAUUACAGCACCCGUUGGAAGUCAAAGCCUCUUGAUUGCUCAGAGAAAUGGCAUUCCUGUCUCUACAGUAAAACCCAAGCCCAUUGAGAAGACUCACCUCAUUCACAACAACCUUCGAGAGGUUUACAUUUCAAUUGCUGAUUACCGUGGGGAUGAAGAGACCAUGGGUUUCUCAGAGGGCACUAGUCUUGAAGUUUUAGAAAAGAAUCCAAAUGGAUGGUGGUACUGCCAAAUUGUAGAUGGCUUACAUGGACGUAAAGGCUGGGUACCAUCUAACUACCUGGAGAGGAAAAAAUAAUUCCGCAGAAAUGCUCUAAACAUACACAAUUGUAAUCAAAAUGUAUAAAGAAGAAUUGUCUGGAGGACUGUGCUUUUGGUUUAAAAUGAGAGGGACAGAGCUUUUAAAAAAGGGGUUUACAUUAAGUAAUGCAGGUGAAUGUCUAGCAAAAUACCUGCCGUAAUUUUAUGCCAAAUGGGUGCCUUUUUCCAUCAUUCACUGAAAAGAGGAAUCAGUCAAACACCAGUGAACCAACAUUAAAACCAAACUUCAACUUAGUGCCAUAGCCCUAUGAGUGCAGAAAUCACCAAACCUAUUUUGUUACAAUGUUAAAAAGAUAAUUUCAGAAUAGGUGCGUAAGAAUAAGUGCAAAUCUAAUCUUUUGCACUCAGAAACAAGAAACAGAAAUCUGUACAGAAAUACCAACAAUAUCAAAUGUUAUCUGCUAUUGAGUGCACUCUAUUGAGUGAAACCAAGCAAAACUUUGAUUGUCUUUUUUAUGUUUAAUGUUUUAUAUUUUCCUUAGAGAUGUAUUUCUGCUUUCUUGUAACAUCCUAACACAUCCAAACAGUUGCAGGUCAUGAUUAUUUACGUCUCUUUGUCUUUCCCAUUCUUUAAAUCCUCGGCAGUCCAAAAUUAAUAAAACAUGUUUAAGGAACAGUCUGUGAAAGCAACAUGCGGUUGUGCAUAGACCACCUCAUUCCCCACCUCAUUACUGGGUUUAUGCCCAAGUUUAGUUUACAAAGUGCAUCUGGUCCUAUGGUUUCUGGUAAUAUCAUGAGGGUAAACGGCUUAAGAUGACAAGACUUUAGAUUUUGCUGCUCUAUGUGUGCUAUAUCGGCUGUGAUUGCAGCGAUAAUUCAUAAAUCAGGACUGGAAAAUAUGACGUUUUUUUUUUUCUGCAUUUUAUCCCAGGGAAGUAGUUACGUAACAUUGAGCCCAAAAUGUGAUUGCACCAAAGAAGAAAACCGACAUGUUUGCUAGUUUGUUUUAGAAUUAGUAUUUAUUUUAUGGAUACAAAGAAAUACAGUGUACCUAAUUGUUUUAUCUGGAAGCACUUGAUUUUUUGAACCCAAAGAAAAGUGCAUUAUUAUGCAAGGUUAAUUCCUACAUUACGAUAUUGCUGGGCAGUAUUGAAUUUAAAGUUAAAGUUCACACAAUAAGCAGUUUAAAAGCAAAGAUUUUACUUUUAUCAUUUAAAGAAUAGUAUUUCUUGCAAUCUUAGUCCAAUAGUCCAAACUUUGAAUUGUCUUCUUUAUAGAUUUCCGAGCUUUGAGUACUUCCCUCUUCAAAUGCGAUUUACUCAUAUAAUGUUCAUUGAAAACUGCAUCAAACAUCUGAUGUUCAAGACUGCUGAAAUAUUUUUCUAAUGAGUAGUAUGAGCUCUUAAAUGGGUUUAACUCUACUUUUAUGUUAUUUUGUUUUCUGCUGGACAGUAUUAUAGUGUUAAACAAUUAAAACAUUAAUUACCUGCUAGAUUGCAGUUAUAUUAAGCAGAAAGUUGUUUAUUUUUUCUUGUUUGUUUUGUUCGUUUGUUGUUGUGUGAUCACACAUGGACAAUAAUGAUGAUUGAGGUGGGUCAUUUGUUGUAAAUCAAUGCAUUUAAGCUUUUAAAAGCAAAAAUGCAUUGGUUUAAAGAUGCAGUGUCCUUCAUCAGCAUAUAAUUUAUUUUAAAAAAUAAUAAUUCUUUUUAUAUUUAUAUUUUGUAAAUUAUUUUAUAGUUUUGUCAGUACUUCUGUCCUGCAAAGAUGUUGCAAUGUUAUAUUGUUAUUGGAGGCUUUAUCCAAAAAAAAAAAAAAAAAAAAAAAAAAUUUUUUUAAUUCUUUAAACUUUGUAACACAAAUUGGCUGCUUCUGUAUUCCAAGCUUUUUUUCUACCAAGCUGUAAUUUUUUGCCUCCGAUUUGGGCCUCAGUUAUUUACAGCAGAUGUGUCUUAAAACCGCACAUUUAUUCUUAAUGAAUUCAGCUAAACAUUUUAUUUUUCAAGUUGUUUUUUAUUGGGAAUCUGUUUUCCCCCCAGGCUGAAUGCUGCACCUUUAGCAACUAUGGACACUUCCUUUCUCAUUAUUGAGCCACAUAUAAUGCCUGAUUCUUCUUAAUCAUUUCAUGUUAGUUUAAUUUCAUCACUCCCACAGAUGAAAGCAACUACAUUUCCAGACUACACACUAAUUAUAAACCAAGCAAAAGCCAGCAUUAAUAAUUGGAAAGAGUCUACCCAAAAUAAGAGAAUCAUAUUGCUGUCUGUUAACAGUUAAAUAGUUCAUACAUUUUAUAAUUGCAAAUAUGGAAUUUGGAGGAAAAAAUCAUGUCUCUAUAGUUACAUGUUAUGUGGAUUUCAAAUAAUUGUGAUGGACCAAAUUUGAUGGCACAAGAUCUGAGUGUUAUUAGAAUGGAUUAUCAUUAAAAAAAACAGCAGUAAUGGGAUUUUAAAGUUCCAAUUCGGGUAAUUUUGUUUUUUUUUACUUUUUAACUUUUCAAUUUGAAAGUGAAAUAUGAGCCAUUGCACUCUCGCUCUCCUUUUGACGAAGGCAUUAUAGAAAUGUGUCAGCUCACUACAGCAAAGCGCUUGUGAUGGAUGCUGCAAAGCUCCAUUAACACAAUGCUUUUUAUCUUCAUUUACGCCUAAACCAUUUACAAGGGAACUGUUGAGUGUCAAACUAGUUCUUUUUCAUAUUAUUUCUGUAUCUGCUAGCUUUGUUUUAUGUUGUUUAUUUAUUUAAUUUUUAUGAUUUUUUUUACUGUUUUACUGUUAUUUAAUUUUUUCUCUCACUUUUAUUCACUUUUGACAUUACUCAGAUGGAAUGAGGAAAUGUGCAAUACACAAACACUCAUCUCACCAAUUAAGAAUCGAAUUAAUUCAAAAUGUAUUCAAUAUUGCCUGGUUUUGUCCCAUAGGUAUUUUGUAUCCUCGUCAAAGUGAGCAUAUCACAUCACCCAAUAUAUUUUGAAAUGUUAUACUGAAUGUUAAAAUCCUCCCAUCGAUGGACCCCUACAGUUUACCGCCCAACCGUGACUUCAAAGUGAUUUCUACUCACACCUUUUACCCACUGAACCAGAACUUUUUUAAGGGGUUUAGUGACUCCACCAUUCCAUGGUAAAUCCCAAUGGAAAUAAUGAGGAAGCAUGGGCAUAUCUGAUCAGUAAGUUGAACUUGUCAAAUCACAGUCACGUUUUUGAGAUGGCAGCAGCAGCAGCAGCUAUAUUAUUGCUCUACCACACACUGCCAAACGAUCGACAUGUCUCUCUGACAUCCACUCCUACAUCCACUGUUACCAUGGCAAACACGACUUCUCUAUCCUAAAUCCCAUUCGUCAACAGCAAGGUCGUUUUUAACUGUAAUAGAUCCUGGUUUAAUUUAUAACAUCUAAAAAUGACAUGAACACACGUAAUAUGUCAUUACAUAUCCUAAGUAGAGUGUAUUACAAUCUUUACUCUUCCAGUCUGAACUUAUUCAUAUUUGAACUGACUUUUGAAAGUCAAAUUUCUGUGUUUAUAUUGCGAAAGCCUCUGAGUGCAUUCAGUUGAAUGCAUGUACCAAAACCAAGAGAAUUUGACACUGGUUGAAAAUGAGGAGGUUUAUGAAGGACUAUCUUGGAUUUCCUAGACAAGAGAUGCCAUUUAUUAGAGAAAUUUUGCCUUUUGCUUUCCCUGUUUAAAGAGCAACUUUUAAGUUCUCUUUUAGACAGUUGCUGUCAUUUCCUUUUCUCGGUUUUCAUUUCAUAGUAUUGUUUUAAGAUUUAUAUAUAUAUAUAUAUGUAUAUAUACACUACCGGUCAAAAGUUUUGAAACACUUACUCAUUCUUUAUUAUAAUUUUUUUUUCUUCACAUUUUAGAAUAAUAGUAAAGUCAUCAAAACUAUGGAAUAACAUAAAUGGAACUAUGGGAAUUAUGUUGUGAUUUUUAAGAUCAUGAGAAAUAUUUCAGUCAAGUGUUUCAAAACUUUUGACCGGUAGUGUAUAUAUACAUAUAUAAAGAUCAAGAAUCAGAAGAGAAGACCAAUAAGAAGAAUAGGAUCGUGAGUAAAUUUGUGUGCUUGUGUGGUGUAUUCUGAGGUGGUUUGUGUAAGGGAGUUUUUAAAUGGUGGCGAGAGAAGAUGAAUAGAGGGAAUGCUUGGUUAAAAAAGGAAACAAGCUAGGUAAGGUCAGAUAUGAUUGAACAGCUCAAUUGGACUUCUGAAGAAAUAUUCACUCUGAAAAGAGUGGACAAGUGUCCUAGAAAGGAAAGAGACCUUUGCCGUAAUUAGCACUUCAGAGAAGUUUAUACUAGCAGCAUGAUGUCACAAUGGCAUUGCAGAGUCAUAAUAACACUGGUGAGUCACAGUAUUCUCUGUAGCAUCUUUGGAAACUUAUUUCUGUUGGAAAACUGUCUGCAACUUAAUUCAAGCAUGCAGCCUGGCCUUCCGAGGCCAAUGUUUUUGAAAACAUUUCUUAGUGCUUCGCUACACACAUGCUGAGGUUCAGAGACUCAAGAACAACUAUGAUGUUCCAUCGCGUGCUGUUGCAAACCUCGUUACAACAAUUAAAAAGUUGCUGUCAGAAUCUGAGAGAGAAUAGGAUUCCUCGUCUCCAGCACACCCACUGCACUGUCAGGAGUAGGGGCUCGCUGUGAAAUCACAUUACGUGAACACUUGGUUAAUUACAGAUGCUCGGGACGAACGCAGUGAAUAUAAAUGUCACACUGAUUGCGGAUGUUGGGCUGAUGCCAUAUGCGGAGAUAGAUUGAUCGUGUCUCUAAUGGCUCACAGCGUGUCAAGACAGAUAAACAUCAUCAAGAGGAAUCAUCUAUGUCUGCGAAUGGCUUCAUUUGCCCAGGCGUCUAUAUAAUGUCGAAUUGUUGCAUUGUUGGGUUUAAUGAAAGUUGUAAGAAUGAAUAUGAUUGAUUGAGGUGUGUUGUUUAGUUGAAUGAUUGAAUUCACGAAUAUUUAACAGAAAGUUUGAUAAAUCAGAUCUAGGGUAGACGGCAUAUUUAAUUUGACGCAAAUGAAAACGAGACUGUGAGGAAUAGACAUAAGCUGUGUUCCAAAUGACGCACUAUGCGCUCAGCCAGCUGGCAUGUGAAUUUUCAAAGCGUAGAACUGUCCCGAAUGGAACACUAAAGUUUUUUUUUUUUUACUACAUAGAAGUAUUCACUGUUUUUCAGCUGACGGAAGUGACGUUUCGAAUGCAUGUGAUGUGUUGCCGCUAGCUUAAGAAUGCGAUUUUGGAUGCACCUAUACAGUGUGUUCAAAAUGUCGCACUGUUGUGUACCUUGGUGUUGACCUUUGAGCCGGCGAAACAUCGAAAAUACAAUACCAGUCAAAAGUUUCAACACCUACUUGUUCUUUACUAUCACUAUUUUCAUAUUGUAGAAUCAAGACUAUGAAAUAACACAAAUGGAAGUAUGGUAAAUAUGUAGUGACCAAACAAAAAAAUAGUAGCGCGCAACCUACUGAACGGACUAGUUCUGUCCCUCACAACAUCCUUUUCAUUCACGUAAAAUUCAAUAUGGUGCCUACCUAGACUAAGAUACAUAAUCUGUUACACUAGCAUUUCAUGUAAUCUGGAUGUGUGCUAGAUUAGGCCUAUUUUAGGAGUGAAUUAGGGUGGAGAAAGUCGUACGUUUGUGGCACUGCGUUAUAAGUGCUUAGUAGGAGUUUCAGUACGUUUUAUUUUUUUGUUUUCGUGUUAAUUUGCAUUUACGAGUAUGUCAUAGAUACAAGAGUGUUGGUUUGAGUGAGCAGGCCAUGUUUUUGUGUACACUUUGAUGAGAACCAUUGCAGAGAAGGAACAUGCAGGAACAUCUGAUUUCUCACUGUUUUCUGUUGCCGUCUUUGUGCGGCUGUCUGAUCUAAUUACCAUUCCUCUGCUCUUAAACUAAAUGGGAGGCUGCAAUCUUCUCUGUUACAGAUCACUGGACAUAAAGUAUGUUUGGUUGCAUAUUUGAAUUUCCCCCUUGUCAUCAGAAAUGCAUUAAAACGUGUGCCCUUAAAAAAAUGUUGAGAGAAAGCCUUGCAUUGAUAUUAUUCAGCGCUCAGCCAGAUCUACAUUUUGUAUGCAUUUCUUUUAAAGAUAAGUGGUCUACAGCUUCAGCUUUUAAUUUUCAGCAUUUUUGUUAUGUUUUUUAACUUUUGUUUUGUUUUUGUACCUUUUUAUGUUUACAUUGUAUCUUGCAUUGUCCUAGAGGAAAACACAAUAAAAUGUAUCCUUGUUCUUAUA